UUUCUUUCUAUUGCAAGUAGAUACAGUUAUUUUUGUUCUAAUGGCGCAGCUGAAAAAAGCAAAUCUCAAAGUUCUGCGAUACAAUUGCACUUAAUCCAGCUAGACUGAAGUAGAUAUAUACGACAUUCACGUUCGGGAGCGAGCAACAGUGAGAGAAGCAAUAAAGUGCAGAAAGUGCCACGGAACCGCGCGAUUAAAUGAUUCUUCAGUUUCCGUCCUUCCUUUUUUUGAAAAAUGGCGAUUAUACGGUGAGUCACUCGCGCGACAUCGUCAGUGGGGAGGUUGUGAACGGCUUGUCAACAGUUGUCAACAAGCAGCAAGAUUUCUACUUUGUCGAACGAUUUAAACGUGUUGAGUGGAACGACGAUUAGUGUCUGCGAUUACGUGUAACCGCUUUCUUCUUUUUAAUGUGUGAAUAUACGCGCCAGAUAGGGUGAUUUGUAAGGCGCGUCGAAAGUGCGGAUAUAGCACGAUUUGAGAGCUGUCAGUAUACUUUUUCUGUCCGUUCAUCCAGAAAUACAAGACUUUGAUGAAUGUCUGAGAGUGAUUACGAUUCGGCGGACGAAUACACAAGCCUGAUGGACGGCCACGUCGCGGAGUCUCGCUCAGACGACCUGAUCCUGGUCAACGAACGUCGAAAGACACGCUCUAGGAUCGCUAGUGAAGAAGUGGAUAAUGGAGUUCCUGAGGUGAACGUCGAAGUGCCCAGUUCGUCUAUCACACGAUCGACUAUCACACAAUCAUAUACAAGAAGUACAUCUGUUACCAGUAAUCAAGGAAGGCCGAGGCAUUAUGAUGAAGAUGCAGAGGUAGAAAAGUCUGGUGUGGUACAUGUGAUCAAUCUUUUCAUCCCUGUCUCUUUGUGUAUGCUGGUUGUAGUGGCUACUAUUAGUUCUGUGAAUUUCUACACAACAAAGGGAAUGUACUUAUUUACUUCCAGAGUAUAUACCCCAUUUCACGAAGACAGUUCCGACACGAGUACCAAAGUAUGGCAAGCAUUCGCCAAUUCAUUGAUUCUUAUGAGUGUCAUCGUAUUCAUGACUGUGAUACUUAUUAUUCUUUACAAAUACAAAUUCUACAAGGUCAUACAUGGAUGGUUGAUUAUAAGUUCUUUAUUAUUGCUGUCUUUAUUCUCUAUCUUGUAUUGUGAGCAAGUGUUGAAAGCUUAUAACAUUCCAAUGGACUUCUUCACAUUAAGUAUAGGCCUGUGGAAUUUUGGUGCAGUUGGAAUGAUAUGUAUUCAUUGGCAAGGACCGUUGCAACUUCAGCAAGCGUAUCUAAUCUUUAUUUCUGCCUUAAUGGCACUUGUGUUUAUCAAAUAUUUACCCGAAUGGACAGCCUGGGCUGUGCUUGGUGUCAUAAGUAUUUGGGAUUUAAUUGCGGUUUUGACACCAAAUGGCCCAUUAAGAAUACUAGUCGAAACAGCACAGGAACGGAACGAAUCUAUUUUUCCCGCUCUUAUAUACUCAUCUACGAUCCUAUACUCAUUUACUGUGUCUUAUGCUGGAUACGUGCAAGCAGCCACAAUGGCUGGCAGCGAUGCAACAUCAGGAGAUACCACCACGUCGGGAAACAACACGACGUCUCCUACACGUGAUCGAACGGAUAAUCAAUGUAGUUAUGCAUCAGGUGACACAGAGGAGGAAGGUUUUACCAAUGAAUGGGUAGAAACGCAUGGUGAACGUAGUGCGAGACGUGCGCAAGAGGUGCGCGAGAACGAUGAAACCAGAGGAACCAACAGGAGGCAACAGGAAAAUCGUUCGGUAGAAAUACAAAGUCAAGUAGCACCUCCUCCUCCUCCUCCUCCUCCUAUGGAGGAACGCGGAGUUAAGCUAGGUCUCGGCGACUUUAUAUUCUACAGCGUGCUCGUCGGGAAGGCGUCUAGUUAUGGCGACUGGAAUACCACGUUGGCUUGCUUCGUUGCUAUUCUCAUUGGUCUCUGUUUGACGCUCGUGCUGCUGGCUAUAUGCAAAAAGGCGCUACCCGCAUUACCGAUUUCUAUCACGUUCGGUUUGACAUUUUACUUCGCGACGCGUGUGAUCGUCGCACCUUUCGCUGACAGUCUAGCAAGCGAACAAGUGUUCAUUUAAAAAUAUCUAGGUAUAAUAAAUAUUACAAUAUCGUUAAGUAUAAUUUAUUACUAGAGUUGAAUAUCGAAGGACAAUGCCCGUUUACUUACCUAUUUGGUAUCAUACGUGCUAUGUUCAAUCGCAUUUCUUCUGAUUUUUCAAAUUAUUUAUGUAUAUAUAUAUAUGUAUGUGUAAACACAAGUAAUUUGUGUACAUCAACUUCUGGACUGAACGACUCAAGAUACGUAUAUAUCGUAAGAGAAUGAAAAGUACCUACAUUUUUUAAUAACUAGACAUUCUCCAGAGAGGUGUGUAUAUAUACAUAUAUAUAUAUAUAUGUAUGUAUAUGUAUAUAUCUAUACAGUGAAAUGCUCAGAAAAAAGGAAAUAAUCUAAACUUGUAAUUUAGGAAAAUAUUGACUAACAUAUGUAUAGAAUGUAGCUACUUAGUAUUUUUCUAUAUAAAAAAAUUAUAUGAAACUCAAAUGUUAAAAGAGCGGUUGUCGCAACGUGAUUUAUCGUAAACAAACGGAAGAAUGCGCUGCAUUAUAACAAUUUAUUGUACUCCAUUGUUACACUUAUAGAACAUAGGUUUCGUAGAUCAAGUAUAAAAAAAAGCGGAUGACGACGAU